AUGUUCCUUACCUCUUCUCCUGUUCCUCGGAUAUUCUCUUGUCCCUUACCUCUUCUCGUGUUCCUUACCUCUUCUAUUGUUCCUUACCUAUUCUCCUGUUCCUUACAUCUUCUCCUGUUCCUUACCUCUUCUCCUGUUCCUUACGUCUUCUCUUGUUCCUUACAUCUUCUCCUUGUUCCUUACGUCUUCUCUUGUUCCUUACAUCUUCUCGUAGUCCUAACCUCUUCUCGUGAUCUUUACCUCUUCUCGUGGCCUUUACCACUGCUCUUGUUCCUUACAUCUUCUCGUGGUCCUUACCUCUUCUCUUGUUCCUUACCUCAUCUCCUGUUCCUUACUUCUUCUCUUGUUGUUUACUCCUUCUCUUAUUCCUUACAUCUUCUCUUUCCUUACAUCUUCUCCUUGUUCCUUAACUCUUCUCUUGUUCCUUACCUCUUCUCGUGGUCCUUACCUCUUCUCGUGGUCCUUAUCUCUUCUCUUUUUCCUUACCCUUUCUCCUUGUUCCUUACCUCUUCUCUUGUUCCUUAA